UCAAAGACGUGCAUCGAGAGAAUCCUGUAGUUCAUGACCAUACAAAAGGAUAACAUCAAAAUCGGAUUAUUUAUAUUUUGUACCGGCUUAAAUAAAAAUGUCUAGUGUUGUCCCAUUAAGCGAAAGACAUGUAGCUGUUCAUAAAAUGGAAGGACAUUUACUUGAAAAGUUUCUCUGUGGAUUUUUCGUUGGAGUAAUUCUUUUUUUCAUGAUCUUUAAUCAUGCGUUUACAUUUGAGCAACCAUUAAGGCAAAGUGACUUUGAUAUAAUACAACGCCUUGCAGACAAGCUAGACACAUUUGAGCAUAAUAUCUUAGAUCGUAUCCCGAUUCAAAGCAAAAUGCCGGAUUUGGAUUCCGACUUGCAUUUCCAUCACGAUAAAAUGACAGAGGAAGGAAUUAUGCUACGAGAAUCUAUUUCAAUAUCAUGUUAUAUUAUAACAAAUAACUGCAUGAAUGGUGGAAUUGCUGUAAACAAAACUUGGAGCAAGCGCUGUAAUCACGUCCGGUAUCUAGUAAUCAAUGGAGCUAAAACAUGUGGACUUCCGGUUUUAUAUUUGAAAAAUAAGGAAAGGAGACCACAAUACCAAGAAGCAAUUUCAAAGAUUUAUGAUACAUAUGGCAAUGAAUCUGACUGGACAUUAAUUGCUACAGAUGACAACUAUGUGAUCAUUGAGAAUGUACGGUAUCUGCUUAAUAAGACUUCGUUCGAUAUCCCUGUUAUGUUUGGGUAUAAUAAAGACUUCCGGGUUUCGCUUCCGCAAUAUAAAUAUGAUAGUUCUGUAACGGUCUUAAGUAAGAGUGCAAUGGCGAAAUACAGACAUUUGAACAACAAAUUUUUGUGUAGGACAAAGAAAACAGAAAAUUUAUAUAACUUACUCUGCAUGAAACGCAUUGGAAUUUCCUACAAUUCGGAAUGGAGCAAGUUAUUCAAUAUUAUUCCAAUUGAAUUGUCACAUUAUGCUUCGAGUAGUACGAUAAAAUUGAAUAAUCACUUUGCAAGUUUUCGUUGUGUAUCUCCAAGGAAGAUGCUUGCAUUUGAGUUUAUCGUCUAUCACUUACGGCCAUAUACGUCGCAUUAAAUGUCAACGUACACGGUAUUGGACACGUUUUGCAAUAAAGCAAUUAUACAUAUAAGACAAUCAAAAACAUGCUUUUAUAAUAGUCUGUUAUAGGACUAAGCAGAAUACAAACUGAAACUGUGUUGAUGUGAAGAUGUACUCCACAAAACCAUCUACAUGUGUGUUUAAAUGGGAGCAGGACGUUUUUACCUAUAAAACGAAAGGAUAUGUUUGCUCCCACACUAUAUGCAUUUGCGCUUGAAUAUUUGAUACACCUAAAUUGAAUUGAUCGCAAAAUCAAAAUAAAAUAUUCGUGUUAAAAGUAAAAUACAUGUAACAAAACUACCAAUAUCCGAGGAAAAUUCAAAACGGAAAGUCCCUAAGCAGUAAUAGGCAAAUUCAAAAGCCCAAGCACAUCAAACGAAUAGAUAACAACUUCCAUAUUCCUGACUUAGUACAAGCAUUCUUUUUUUAAGAAAAUACUGGUUUAAGCUUGGUUUAGCGAUAGAAAAAAAAAACAUUUUUAGAGAUAGAAUUUUAAAAAUUUUGCCAUAAAUUCUUCCAAUCAGCUUUAACUACUACAGUUCGUGAACUUAAAGAUAUGAACUAUAUUCGUAUUCAUGAAAAGUGCGAUUAACUGUACCAUUAUAGCUUAUCAAUUCGCGAAGACCAACAUUUGAGAUUUUAUCCCACAUGCUGUUUAUGUUGACUUUAAAUAAAGAUGCAUGGUUGUUAUUAGGAAUUAACUUUCAUCUGUCAUCUUGGAGUGUUUCCCUGUUUGACAUAUGACGGCGAAAGAUUUUAAAUCUUUUAGCUGUUUGUAAAUAUAUGAAUAUGUUGUGUCUUUAUAUCAAAUUAUUUUCAAAGAUUUCCUCA